GAAAACCACACACGCAAACCGACCCACCGCACCAAAGAAGAAAGAGAGACCGAAUUCACCGAAAAUGUGUUUCUCUCUCUAGAAAACAGUACCCCUUUUAAAGGCCUCCCCUUUUCCUCCCCCCUCUCUCUCUUCACCCUCACUCAUCACUUCCCCUUCUGCUUUUUCUGGGUGGAUUAAGAUUCAAUUUAUAUUCAGAACCCCCCAAGUCUCUUUGAUUAGCUCCCCUCUGUACCUUCAAUCUUCCAGCUGAGUGGGAAGAUAAGGGUUUGAAGAAGAUGCAGAAACCACCGCAAGAAGACUUUUCUCUUAAGGAAACCAAACCCCACCUCGGCGGUGGGAAGGUGACCGGCGAUAAGCUCACCAGCACCUAUGACCUCGUCGAGCAGAUGCAAUACCUCUAUGUCCGGGUUGUGAAGGCUAAAGAUUUGCCUGCCAAGGACGUCACCGGGAGUCUCGACCCUUAUGUCGAGAUCCGGCUGGGGAACUACAAGGGCACGACUGGCCACUUUGAGAAGAAAACCAACCCGGAAUGGAACCAAGUGUUUGCCUUUUCCAAGGACCGGAUGCAGGCUUCGGUUCUCGAGGUUCAGGUGAAGGACAAGGAUCUGUUGAAGGACGAUUUCGUCGGGAGGGUUUUUUUCGAUCUGAACGAGAUCCCCAAGCGGGUCCCUCCCGACAGCCCGUUGGCGCCUCAGUGGUACAGGUUGGAGGACAGGAAGGGGGAGAAGAUUAGAGGGGAGCUCAUGUUGGCUGUUUGGUUGGGCACUCAGGCCGACGAGGCCUUCCCCGAGGCCUGGCAUUCGGACGCCGCAUCCGUUAGUGGGUCCGACGGCAUUUCCAGCAUAAGGUCCAAGGUCUACCUCUCCCCCAAGCUUUGGUACUUGAGGGUGAAUGUGAUCGAGGCCCAAGAUUUGGUGCCAAACGAUAAGAGCAGGUACCCCGAGGUGUAUGUCAAGGCCAUUUCUGGAAACCAGGGUUUGAAGACCCGAGUUUCGGCCGCCAAAACCCUUAACCCAAUGUGGAAUGAGGAUUUGAUGUUUGUGGUUGCCGAACCAUUCGAGGAGCCUCUGAUAUUGAGCGUGGAGGACAGGGUGGGCUCGGACAAGAUUGAGGUACUUGGAAGGUGUGCCAUUCCCCUGCACUAUGUGGACAGGAGGUUUGAUCAUAGGCCGAUGAACUCGAAGUGGUAUAAUCUUGAUAAACACAUGGUGGAGGGGGAUAAGAAGGAAGUGAAAUUCGCAAGCAAGAUUCACAUGAGGAUAUGGCUUGAGGGCGGUUAUCAUGUCCUCGACGAAUCCACCCACUACAGCAGUGAUCUCAGGCCAACUGCAAAGCAGCUGUGGAAGCCGAACAUCGGCGUUCUUGAACUGGGUAUUCUGAGUGCCCAUGGACUCUCCCCGAUGAAGUCCAAAGACGGACGGGCAGAGACCGACGCCUACUGUGUCGCCAAAUACGGGCAGAAGUGGGUCCGUACCAGGACCAUAAUCGACAGCUUUUCCCCGAGGUGGAAUGAGCAGUACACCUGGGAGGUGUUUGAUCCUUGUACUGUUAUAACCAUUGGGGUGUUCGAUAACUGUAACCUCCACGGCUAUGGAGGCGGCGGGUCGAGGGAUAUGAGGAUCGGGAAGGUCAGGAUCCGGCUCUCCACCCUGGAAACGGACCGGGUAUACACCCAUUCGUACCCUCUGCUGGUUUUGCACCCAAACGGGGUGAAGAAGAUGGGGGAGAUCCAGCUGGCGGUCCGGUUCACCUGCUCCUCGUUGCUCAACAUGAUGCACAUGUACUCCCAACCCCUUCUCCCGAAAAUGCACUACAUCCAUCCCCUGACCGUCGCCCAGCUGGACAGCUUGAGGCACCAGGCGACCCAGAUCGUGUCGACCAGGCUGGCCCGUGCAGAGCCUCCCCUGAGGAAGGAGGUGGUGGAGUACAUGCUCGAUGUCGGAUCCCACAUGUGGAGCAUGAGGAGGAGCAAGGCCAACUUCUUCAGGAUCAUGGGGGUUUUGGGAGGGUUGAUCGCGAUCGGGAGGUGGUUCGACCAGAUAUGCAACUGGAGGAACCCCAUCACCACCGUCCUCAUCCACGUCCUCUUCUUGAUCCUCGUCCUCUACCCGGAGCUCAUCCUCCCCACCAUCUUCCUCUACCUCUUCCUCAUCGGGGUGUGGCACUACAGGUGGAGGCCGCGCCACCCUCCCCACAUGGACACCAGGCUGUCUUGCGCCGAGAACGCGCACCCGGACGAGCUGGACGAGGAGUUUGACACCUUCCCGACCUCCCGUAACCCGGACAUCGUGAGGAUGAGGUAUGACCGGCUGAGGAGCAUCGCCGGGAGGCUUCAGACGCUGGUGGGAGAUUUGGCCACCCAAGGGGAGAGGGUGCAGGCUCUGCUGAGCUGGAGGGACCCCAGGGCGACUGCCCUGUUUGUGAUAUUCUGUCUGGUUGCUGCCAUUGUUCUCUACAUCACUCCCUUUCAAGUCAUCGCCGUCCUCACCGGGUUCUAUGUCUUGAGACAUCCCAGGUUCCGCCACAAGCUUCCCUCCGUGCCCCUCAACUUCUUCCGGAGGCUACCCGCCAGGACCGACCGCAUGCUGUGAUCAUCCAUUCUCGUACCGCCCGCCCGCCCGCCGUCUUGGGUUCCUGUCCCCAUCAUCUUUCUUGCUAGUGAAAUAUAUAUCUAUAUAUAUAUAUAUAUCUAUAUAUAUAUAUAUAUAUAUAUAUAUAUAUAUAUAUAUAUAUAUAUAUAUAUUGUCUGUGUAAUGUGUCUGUUGUUAUGGGAUUUGAUUACCCAUUGUUGGUGGCCCCCCUGGGGUGGUCCAUCUUCCUUUCCUUUUUGUGUGUUUUAUUAUAUCAAGUUGUUAAAAUUUGGAGUCUGUUUAAGAUGUCGUUCUUGGGGAACCUUUGUGUUUAAGAUGUGUUGUAUGGCCUAAUAGUGCUUGAAAACAUCAUUAAAUGUCAGUAAUGCAU